GGGUUACAUGGUGGGGUUGAGAGAUAUUUCAUCAUACCUCCACCCUGAGAUGUAAUAGCUCGGAAUACUACUAUCCAGGUACUAAAUUCCUCCUCCCCCACGUUUAAGAAGCCACGUCUUAUUAAAGUCUGGUUGUCCCUUCAUUUUCACAUCGAUCAAUCAAAUAAAUCCAACAACAUACCAACCAACAUAAUCAAAUAAUAACACAAUGGCCGAUACAAGAUUCAAGCUCAAUACCGGUGCUGAGAUUCCGGCAUUAGGACUUGGUACAUGGCAAUCUGAGCCGGGCGCAGUCGCGAAAGCCGUUUCUUACGCACUGUCGAUUGGAUACAAACAUAUCGACUGCGCAUAUGUCUAUGGAAACGAAGAGGAAGUAGGACAGGGACUCAAGGAAGCCUUCGCAUCCGGAGUUAAGAGAGAGGAUAUCUUUAUCACUACCAAAUUAUGGUGUACAUAUCAUACGCGAGUCGAAGAGGCUCUUGAUAAGAGUUUGAAGAGGUUGGGACUGGAUUAUGUCGAUUUAUAUUUGAUGCAUUGGCCAGUUCCUAUGAACCCAAAUGGAAACCACGAAUUGUUCCCCAAACAUCCCGAUGGCUCCCGCGAUCUCCAAACGGAAUGGUCCCACACCCAAACAUGGCAAGAACUCGAGAAAGUCUCCAAGACCGGUAAGACAAAGGCUAUCGGAGUUUCCAACUACAGUGUAAAGAAUUUGGAAGAAUUGUUUUCGAAAGCUACUAUUACUCCAGCCGUCAACCAAAUCGAAAAUCACCCUUCAUUGCCACAGCAAGAAAUCUACGAUUUGUGCAAGUCAAAGGGAAUCCACAUCACAGCUUACAGUCCUCUUGGAAGCACUGGUAGCCCAUUGUUCACUGCUGCCCCAAUUGUUGAGGUUGCGAAGAAGAGGGAUGUACCACCAGCUUCAAUAUUGCUUAGCUACCAUGGUAAGACCCCCGUGAAUAUGCGACUGCCGUUUUGCUCGGGAAGCUCGGUCCUCGCCAAGUCCGUCACUCUUGAUAGAAUAAAGGCAAACAUGAACAUCGUAAAAUUGGACGAUGCGGACAUGAAGAUCCUAAAUGAUUACUCGGAUGAUUUGACAAAGAAUGGAAAGCUCAUGCGAUAUGUAUUCCCGGCAUUCGGUGUUGACUUGGGGUUCCCAGAUAGAAAGCCUUAGUUAGAGAACUUGAGCUAAUAUCGAGGAAGGUUCCUUCAGGAGGAAAUGGUCAGAAGGAAAACUAAGAUCCAUGAAUCGAAGUUUCGCAAUCUGUAUAUGGUAAUGUAUAUAGAAAUUAGAAUAUAAUGGAGAGACUUGUUAAAUAGAUUACUCUUGGGACUGCCUGCUCUUCAGACUUCCUCUAAACGCCCCAACCAACAAACCAUAAGUAUCAUGACAUGACUAUCUCUUCAUGUGGGAAUCAUGAAAGAAUGUGAUAACCGACUAGUGGAAAUGUUGAAUAUGUUUCUUUUCGAAAAAGCGGGUGAGUGGUUAAUAAGUCGAAGUGUCUGCAGAGACUCAAUAAUUUUGAUGCCUAGUGGUUCAACGCUUGGCCCGAGUACUCGGAUAUAGAAAACCCAGUAAACAUACCCAAUCCAGUGCAUCGGAGACGGUAAAGUUAGAUCCCGAAUAGGCCGUAGAAUAAAAUUCUUGAAGGAUUCUUGAGGAUCGAUCGGAGAGAGGAGAAAGUGGGGUGGGGUGGAGAUCUUAGGAGGCUGAGUGCAGCGGUAGCGGGUUGAUUUGGCAGUCACAACAUCAUCCAAGAAAUGGAAUCAAUUUGUUCGGCUCAACGAAUGAGAAAUUUUCAGAUGUUCUGGGCAAUUGAAAAUAGAAUCAUGAAGUAGUGGCGAUGGGUUGCAUUUGAGGGUUUGAAUGAUAGCUAUUGUUUAAGAGAGGGACGUGGCACAGUAGUUUAGCCAGCAUGACAACAUUCGGGAUGGACGUCAUAUACCAAAAAGUAUAAUCAAAUGAUGAAAUUGCGUCUAGGCCGUAAAGUGGAUGGAAUUCUCUAGGCAG